AUGGCGAGCGCAAACACGACCUCAUACGACCUCCCCCCGUUACCCGACUACACUCUUACACCACUACAGCCUCUCACCUGGUGGAUUUCCGAUGAGCUCAUACAGGCAGCUUUACCCGUCCUUGGAUACUGGAUCGUCUCAUUGAUAUACCACGUCAUUGACGUAUACGACCUCUACCCACAGUACCGCCUACACACCCCAGCCGAGGUCCUCAAGCGCAACCAUGUAUCGCGGUACGAAGUGCUGCGUGACGUUGUACUCCAGCAAAUCAUCCAAAUCAUAGCUUCAUUUAGCCUUUCCAUGUUUGACGACCCUCCUACGACCGGUAUAGCAGACUACCAUGUCGCUUGGUACGCGCAGAAGAUCAGGUUGGCCCAGCGCGCAGUCCCCAUAAUCUUCUCUGCCGUAGGACUGAACCCUGUCGCCCUGGCUUCGAACAUCUCCUCCUCGCAACCCACGCUCGCCUCAGUGCUUAUCGGAGGCAAAUACCCCACGCUGCUGCAGACAGCCACCAUCGCAGGAGAGCAGACUCUGGUCCCCGCUUUUGCUUCAUGGGAACUGGCUACUGCUAGCUUUGCGUACUGGUACGCUAUUCCAGCCAUGCAGUUCGCCGCUGCCAUCGUCAUCAUGGAUGCGUGGGAGUACAUGUUACAUCGUGCCAUGCACAUGAACAAGUGGUUGUAUGUCACCUUCCACUCGCGCCAUCACCGCCUUUACGUUCCGUAUGCCUAUGGCGCUCUGUAUAAUCAUCCUCUCGAAGGUUUUGCUCUAGACACCCUAGGUGCUGGUAUUAGCUACUUGCUCACGGGCAUGACGAUGCGACAGUCAAUGUUCUUCUUCACUCUCUCCACGGUCAAGACGGUGACUGACCACGGCGGCUACGCAUUUCCUUUCGACCCAUUCCACUGGCUCUUCCCAAAUAAUGCCGCCUAUCACGAUAUCCACCACCAGAGCUGGGGCAUCAAGACCAACUUCUCGCAGCCCUUUUUCAUCUACCUAGACCGACUAGGCGGAACCAUGUACAAGGGUGACCCUACUGAGAAGUAUGAGCGUGCCCGCCGUGUUGCGCAACAAAAGCUGGAUCAAGAGAAGGAGAACGGCGUCACGACCGUACCUGCGGGAUCUGUCGCAGCAUCAGCUUUGUCAACUGACGAGAACCUGUUACCACAAGGUGUAGCGACGCCCCGCAUCUCGCGGAAGAAGGCGACCAGUAUCUCGUCUUCGGCGGGAAACUUCAAAGACCUCACAAAUAAGGUUAAUCAGAACCUUCAUGGGAGAAGAGCAAACGUCUUGGGGGUUCGUAGCUCAGAGUAA